AUGAAAGCAGCCGCUGCAAGAACCUUCGGAAAGAAGUCCAAAGAUUCUGUUCCUUCGAAUGGCUCGGAGGCCAAGGCUGAUGAGUCUGCCGAUAACAAGCCUGGCCAAGCUCGCUCACUCAAGGUCUCCUCUCCCGGCACUUUAGUCAUCCGGAUCGUCGAGGCCACCGGAUUGAAGCUUCCCGAGGGCACCGAACUUCCCGAGCGUAUCCAACGCGCCCUCGACAGUGAUGCUGCAAACUCUAGCUCGGUCAGCGGAAGUGCCGGGCCAGGCUUGAACAAUAAAGCGAGCCAUCGAGUCAGUGUCCAUCGAAAACAAAAAUGGUGGCUACCCUAUUGUAUCUUAACUUAUGAUAAAAACGAAAUAUUGGUCGAUGCCGUCGGCGGAGCAUUAGAAAAUCCGGGCUGGAUGUAUCGCGCAGACUUUGAUGUAUCGCGUGCAUCCGACGUUACUGUUUCUGCUUACCUAAGGACCGCUCCGGGUCAUGAUCGUCAAGACAUGGGCAAUGAUUUGCUCAUCAGUAGUGUCACAUUCUCUCCCAAUAUUCAAGCUAAGGGUGUGACCGAUGCAUGGUAUCCCGCUAGCAGUGGCGAAGGAAGGUUCCAUGUCCAAGUGAUGUAUAAAGCUUCUGCCAAUGAUCCCUUGACCAUCGACUCAUUCGAGUUAUUAAAAGUCAUUGGGAAAGGAUCAUUUGGGAAAGUCAUGCAAGUUCGCAAGAAAGACACCGGUCGAAUCUAUGCGCUCAAAACCAUUCGAAAGGCCCACAUCGUUUCUCGCUCAGAGGUCACUCACACCCUCGCCGAACGAACCGUCUUGGCCCAGAUCACCAACCCAUUCAUAGUUCCUCUCAAGUUUUGCUUCCAAAACCCCGACAAGCUUUAUCUGGUCUUGUCCUUCAUCAACGGUGGUGAAUUGUUUCAUCAUCUGCAGCGCGAAGGCCGAUUUAGCGAGGAACGAUCAAGACUUUAUACCGCUGAGCUUCUCUCGGCACUUGAAUGUCUGCAUUCGAUGGAUGUCAUUUACCGUGAUUUGAAGCCGGAAAACAUUCUUUUGGAUUAUACUGGCCACAUCGCCUUGUGUGAUUUUGGGCUUUGUAAGCUCAAUAUGGGUGAAGCCGAACGAACAAAUACGUUCUGUGGAACUCCAGAAUACCUUGCCCCAGAAGUCAUUAAAGGGGAAGGUUACGGUAAAACUAUUGAUUGGUGGACGCUGGGAAUCUUGUUGUAUGAGAUGUUGUCCGGUCUCCCCCCGUAUUAUGACGAAGACCAUCAUACGAUGUAUCGCAAGAUUCUCAAGGACCCAUUAACCUUUCCAGCCGAAAUCAAGCCUGAUGCGCGUGCCCUAUUGACUGGGCUACUUGACCGUGACCCCAAUGUUCGUCUGGGAGCGAGAGGUGCAGAGGAUAUCAAGCGACACUCCUUUUUUGCCAAAUCCAUAGAUUGGGAUAGAUUAAACUCGAAAGGAUAUCGUCCACCGUUCAAACCCAGUGUCGAAAGUGCGGCCGAUGCCAGCAAUUUUGAUAGCGAGUUCACAAGUGAAAUGCCUAUGGAUUCUGUGGUGGAGGAUUCGCAUCUGAGUGAAACCGUACAACAACAGUUUGAGGGCUUCACUUUCAACCCGGCUGGUGAAUACAUGAGCGAAAGUGUCCGAGAUUGA